AUGAUGGCGACGGACAGCAGGUGCCCGCACGCCCCCUCCCGCGCUCCCCGCCGGCCGAGACCCCGCCGAGACCCCUCCCGGACAGCAGCAGCGGAGCAGAGGGGCGGGGCCAACGCCCAGUGGGCGGGGCCAGCGCGCCUUCCCCUCCCUCCACCCCCUCUCCUCCCAUCGCCCCCCGUGAGGCGAGAGGCGCCAUGCUGCGGCUGGGGCGGGCGGGCCGCCUGCUGCUGCGCGGGGGUGGCGGAGCCCCCAGGGCCGCCCCGCGGCGGGGCGCGGAGGUGCUGGUGGGCGCGGCCGGCGGGGAGCGCAGCGCUGUUCAGUGCUCUGGAACAGCUCCGCUUUGAUGAGAAGGUUCGUGUGGUGGUGUUCAAGAGCGAGGUGAAAGGUGUAUUUUGUGCUGGUGCAGACUUGAAGGAACGUGCAAAGAUGGAUGAUGAGGAAGUUGGAUACUUUGUUAAAAGGCUGAGAAAUCUCAUGGAUGAAAUAGCUGCCCUGCCUGUACCCACAAUUGCCGCAAUAGAUGGCUAUGCUUUGGGUGGUGGACUAGAACUGGCGCUGGCUUGUGACCUUCGAGUAGCAGCUUCAUCAGCUAAAAUGGGCCUUAUUGAGGCUACAAGAGGGCUUCUUCCUGGAGCAGGUGGAACCCAGCGCCUGCCCAGAUGUGUUGGAAUAGGUCUUGCGAAGGAACUCAUUUUCACUGGUAGGCAGAUUGACGGAGAGCAAGCCGCCUCAGUGGGAUUAGUAAACCACGCAGUGCCACAAAACAGUGAGGGAGACGCGGCUUACCAGAGAGCAUUAACUUUGGCUGAAGAAAUCCUUCCUCAGGCUCCAUUUGCUGUGAAAAUGGGAAAACUGGCAAUAAACAGAGGAAUGGAGGUUGACAUUGCAUCAGGGAUGGCUAUUGAGGGGAUGUGUUAUGCCCAGAAUAUUCCCACAAGAGACCGUCAGGAAGGGAUGGCUGCUUUCAGGGAGAAACGACCACCUCGGUUUAUUGGCAAAUAAUGCUUCCUCAAUUCCCUUUGAUUUCUUGAGAUUAUUUUUAUGACUCCUUGCCUUUGCCUGCAUUUCUGAAUACUCCACUGGAUCAGUCUGCUGUAAGAAUUUCCAAAUAAAGAUAUAACUUUGUACAGCUGA